AUGUCCACAAUAACUUGCGACAAGACACCCAUCACGCCGGGGGCUAAGCGGCGGGCAAGGCCGGCGCGCCUCAACACCAAGCCUAACAUGGCCUAUGAUGACCAGCCUAGGCACAUGCUCAGUUCUUUGUUGCGGAUGCAGACGCAGGAGGACUCGAAGCCGCGGGUCUCCAAGAUCUCGUGGCUAGACGACGUGAUGGUUUACUCCUCAUCCAUUCUCCCGGUCGUCUUACGCCCCGUAGUCUUCUUCACCGCGUGGAGCGCCCUCGUCGCGGUCGCGUCGAUCGUAUGGGGAAAGGACCUUGCGCUAACGAACAAUGUCGUACCCCUGCUCUCUGUUGUCGUUGGUCUUCUUCUUGUCUUCCGAAACUCGUCGGCGUACGAGCGUUAUGCCGAGGGCCGCAAGGACUUUACUGCGCUGAUUUCGUCCGCUCGCAACCUCUCUCGCGCUGUAUGGAUCAACGUUGUCCCACCACCCGACAGAUCCAUGUCACGCCUCGAGCGCCUAGAGCUCACCCAGAAGAAGAAGGAGGUCAUCCGCCUGAUCCUCGGCUUCGUCUUCGCAACCAAGCACUACCUUCGUUCAGAGGGCGGUGCAGAGCAUACCGAUUUGCAAGGGUUACUUCCCCAAUCACUCUUCAAGUUUGUUUGGCAGGACAUGCCAGUCGACUCGGGCGAAGUGCUCGAGGACGACGCGUCCACUGGACCUUCAUCUCCAGCCGCCAUGUCGCCCCGCUCAUACUCGACCACAGCCCUCAUCGACCGCGGGGAUGAGGAACGCAUUGUCGGACUCAGUCUCGCGCCGCCCACCUCGCCCACGAGAGCAAAGUCCAACUCGUUCUCCUUUCCCCCCACGUCGCCCGUCAUCCCUCGUCCUAAGCCUAUUCGCCGCCCCGUCCGCCGUCCCACCGCAGUACGCGUUCGCCCCACGCUCACCGAGAACAAGUCGACAUCUUCACCAGGCAGCUGUCCGAACGAGCGCACGCCGCUCAUCAAGUCGGGUGUGGUCUCUGACCUCCGCCGUACCCACCAGGAAGUGGACAGCCAGGCCUCGUCCCUGAACAACGCCACACGCGACAAGCUCGGCAGCAUGGUCGAAGUCGGCCUGCCCCUCAUCAUCGCCCACGAGAUCAGCCGCACCCUCUUCCGUUUCCGCCGUAGCGGCAACUUGGAGAGCAUAGGGCCUGCGGGCUUUAACGGAAUGAGCAGCAGCGUGCAGAGCAUGAUUGACCAGCUUGGGUCCAUGGAGCCUAACGACAGUAUCCAAACACCCUUGCCAUACGUCUUCACAUCGCACCUCAAGCAGUGCGUCACGAUUUACCUCCUCUGCCUGCCGUUCGUGCUCGUCGACGUACUUGGAUGGAAGACCAUCUUUAUUGUCGCCACUACCGCGUUCACCCUCUGUGGUGUUGAGGGUAUUGCCGCGCAGGUCGAGAUGCCCUUUGGCACCGACCCGUCUGAUCUCAACCUCGACCUGUUCUGCACAGAGCUUUUGUGCGAGUGCGAGGCGACCAUGGAGCGCCUUCCGGAAGGUGACGAGGACGACGAGCUGACGUUUGUACGCUCGCCUACGCAGAUCCUCGAGGAUGAUCUGGACGGCGAGUAG